AUGAGCUCUUCAUCUCCAUCAAAAGGCAAGGACCAUGGCUCGUCGCCCUAUCACAGGUUCUGUGGCGACUUGGAGUGCGGCGCAUCCAACGGCAACUGUAGCGAUGACGACGAGGACAUGUUCGACAUCCCGCCGAAGAAAGCCCCACUGGAGCGUCUCAAGAAAUGGAGGGCUCGUUUGGAUUCUUGCUAUUCCCUCUCAAUUUCUCGAUUCGUUUUCAGUUUCUGGAGCAUAUGUCCAAUACAAAAACCCGCUUCUCCAUCUCUACUCCCAGCACCAGCUCCUCCUCCUCCUUUCACCCUUGUGACCAUGCCACUCCCCAAACAAUCAUCCGAUGUCGAAAGGCAGGCAGCCAACACCAACAUCCACAACUCCAGGAGAGCGCAGAGGCUGAGAUUGGCUGUCCGAGGAGCCAACGAAGGGUUGGUGUCCACAGCCUUGCUGAUGAUGGGAAUUGGAGAUUUGAAAAAGGAGAAAACAGCCAUGAUCCUCUAUGUGUUCACUGGACUAGUUGCGGGUGCAAUUAACAUCUCCAUAAGAGAGUUCGUCUCUGUCUACCAUGAUAUAGAGGUGGCCCAGAUGAAUAGCCCGAUGCAAAUGGCGGCAGUGUCGGCUCACGCCUUCUUCAUCGGUGGGAUGAUUCCACUGCUGACGGCAGCAUUUAUGAAGACACACAAGGUGGUAGGGGUGGUGAUAUCAGUGACCUUGGCAUUAAUGCUCUUUGGAGGUCUUAGAGCCAAGUUGGGGAGAAAGCCAAUAGGGAGAUGUUGUUUGAUGGUAAUGGUGGAAGGUUGGUUUGCAAUGCUUAUGAAUUUUGGCUUAAUGAAGUUGUUUCAGUCUCUUUCUCUUGGGUAGUAAACGAAGGUAUCCUUC